CAGGAUCGUUGAUUGAUGAUGCGCGGCGCUUUUUAUCAUUUCGUUAUUUUGUCUGUCAACGAUUAUAACGUUUUGAGGUUUUAAACGUAACCCAUAAAAAGGAGAAAUGUCUACACUUUCGGUACUCGCUACACACGACGAACUCGUACGGUGUACGAACGUUCUCGUUCAUGGCUCGUGCGAAGAAGAAUUCCUUCAGUUUGCACUGAACCAGGAGGAAAUUAGACAAAAAUGGUUAGGCUCUGUUCAAGAGUGUCAACGGCUUCAUUCUGCCCUGGAAAAAGCGCAUCACGAAUCAGCCGAUUUAGAUAGGAAAUUGAGCCAUGCCAGAAGACUUCUCGAUGAGGAAAAAAGAAGACGGCGAAUUGCAGAAGAACAAAGGAAUUCACUCGAAAGACAAAUCACAUUGGCACGAGACUUAUUAUUUAACGACGGAGGCCGAAACCUGAACGAUGAGACAAGAGAAAAGCUCCAAUUUUUGAAUAAUACUACUUUGAACGGUCGAAACAGUAACGCACACUUGAAAGAUGUGCACCACAAUGAUAAACUCAAUACAAUCGCGGAGCUGGACUCCACCGGUUCACUCUUAAGCGAUCUCAGCUGUUUCUCAAAAUCCGAGGACGAUCUUGAUACAAGCUUAAUGCUCAAUCAAAAUCACAAAAAACGCGAGUGGAAAGAGCAUAGACCUAGCGGUGAAUAUUCUACAAAGAAACGAAGAAGCACAUUGCAUAAAGUCGCAGAGCUCAAUAAUUCUGACAAAAUAGUUGCGACUACUACUGUCAUGAUGCCAAAAGAUGGAACGAUCACAGCAUCAUCUGUCAUUGAGGCUAUUCCUGCUGAUGAAAAUCACGAUCCACAAUUGCACAGUUCACGGAAACGACGGAAGAGUGCUGAUCGCAGUCGGUCCAAAGUUGUGGCCUUGGAUUCUAAUGACAUUCUCAUUACCAACACCAAACCUUCUGCUCCUAUGGCUGACAUAAUGACAUCGGGAUCCGACUCUGAAGGGGUAUUCAAACCAAGUCCGAAUAUUGGUGGUUAUACGCUAAACUCAAAAACCACUCGAGGACACAGCUUCACGGCGAAAACAGUCAUAAAACCUGAAAUUUGUUCCCCCUGUGGCAAAAGAAUAAGAUUUGGUAAAGUGGCAUUAAAAUGCCGCGAUUGUCGAGCAACAGCCCAUAGCGAAUGCAAAGAUCUCGUUCCACUUCCGUGCGUGCCAGCAGGAAAUACACCCACUCUCCGUGGCAUAUCGGGAACAAUUGCCGAUUAUACGCCGAUGAUACCACCAAUGGUACCGUCUCUCGUCGUCCACUGUAUAAAUGAGGUCGAAUUACGUGGUAUGGGUGAACAAGGCUUGUACAGAGUAAACGGUGGCUCCGCGGAUGUCAAGUGCCUGAAGGAGAAAUUCCUCAAAAAUAAGGGAGCUCCGAACUUGAGUGAAAUCGACAUAUCCACCAUUUGUUCGACUUUGAAAGAUUUUCUGAGAUCGUUGCGCGAGCCACUAAUCACUGUUGGGCUUUGGGCUGAUUUUGUUCGUGCAACUACGAUGUCAGACAAACAAGAUGCCGACGCGGCACUUUAUCAAGCAAUUUCGGAACUGCCACAGCCGAAUCGCGACACUCUCGCUUUUCUUAUUCUGCAUUUGCAACGAGUCUCCAGCAGUCCCGAAUGCAAAAUGCCUAUUAGCAAUCUCGCCAAGGUUUUCGGACCCACGCUUGUUGGUUACAGCUGUCAAGAACCUUCUCCAACUUCGAUGCUCACUGAAACGAAAAAUCAAGUGACGAUUGUCGAAAGCUUGUUGAAAAUUCCCUCGGAUUAUUGGGCUAAUUUCGUUAAUCCUGAAGGCCUUAACGAUAUGGGAACCCCGAAAACUGGAGAAUUGAGACACACGCCAUCGACCGAGUCACUUCUCAAGCGUACCACGUCUCGCGGUUUCUUCAACACUCCACUCGGCUCUAGUCGAACAUUUUUGAGGAAAAACAAAAAGUACUUCGCUACACCACCGUCAAGGGAUGGUAGUGGCGAUUAAAGCACGAAUCUGAUAGUAAAGCGGAUUUUUUGUUUUCAAGAGAAAAAAUAAUACUGCACCGAAGGAAGUGCACAAAUUGAGUAGCGAAGAAAUGGAACGUGAUGUUUGAAAGUGACUUAAUUGACGCACGAAGCGAAAAAGUUUAUAACCGAUUGUAAACAAUUUCAUUUUUUUUUUUAUUACUUUUAUUACAACAACUAUAAAUGUAUCAACAAUAAUUACAGAAUAAAAUAUUAAUUUUGCAA